AUGUUCGAUCUCGUCGAUGAUGAGAAUUCCUUGAAGGUCAUUUCUGAGUUUUAUCAGGCAGGCAAGAUUGUCGCUGCCGUGUGCCACGGCCCCAUUGUUCUCGUCAACGUCCAAAUUGAUGGAAAGCCCCUCAUUGAAGGUCGUCGGGUGACCGGCUUCAGUAACGAGGAAGAGGACAUCAUUGGGCUGACUGAAGUCAUGCCUGAGCUGCUGGAAGACGCUGUUAAGCGUGCUGGUGGCAUCUACAUCAAGGCAGACAAACCAUGGGCGGAGCAGGUCGUGGUCGAUGGCCGGCUGAUUACCGGCCAGAACCCGGCCUCGGCGGCUGCAGUUGGUAGGGCUCUCGCCGAGUCUCUGGGUGCGUUACCUACACUUGCAUCGAUCAAAAUCGGUAACACAAACUGA